AUGACCAUCGCGUAUGAUACGUCAUAUCGCGGCUGGCCGUCAACAACGCAGUCCGCUGUUUGUCUCGAAGACAAGUACGAGAUUAUUAAAGACAUUGGCGAUGGCAGCUUUGGGAGCGUUGCACUCGGUAGGACGAGGAGCGCUGGCGCUCAUACAGUCCGGCGGGGCACAAUGGUGGCCAUCAAAACCAUGAAGAAGACGUUCGAGAGCUUCUCGCAGUGCAUGGAACUUCGCGAGGUCAUCUUCCUGAAGUCGCUGCCGAACCACCCUCAUCUCGUACCUGCUUAUGACAUCUUCCUCGACCCACUAAGCAGAAAGCUGCACAUCGCUAUGGAGUAUAUGGAUGGUAAUCUCUACCAGCUAAUGAAGGCUCGAGAUCAUAAGUACCUCGAUGGCGCGAGUGUCAAGAGCAUCUUGUUUCAGAUCCUGUCUGGGCUGGAGCACAUCCAUGAGCACAAAUUUUUCCAUCGGGACAUCAAACCAGAGAACAUACUGGUCUCGACAUCAGCUACGGAUACUGCAACUUCGUUCAAGCGGUACUCCGCGCUUGUCACACCACCCUCUACACCUCCAUCAUACACUAUCAAGAUUGCGGACUUUGGCCUUGCACGAGAGACGCACUCGAGAGUGCCAUACACGACAUAUGUAUCCACUCGCUGGUACCGCGCUCCGGAAGUUCUGUUAAGAGCUGGAGAGUACUCUGCACCUGUUGACAUCUGGGCUGUAGGUGCAAUGGCUGUGGAGAUUGCAACUUUGAAGCCCCUGUUUCCUGGUGGCAAUGAAGUUGACCAAGUCUGGCGAGUGUGCGAGAUCAUGGGAAGUCCUGGCGCAUGGGUCAAUAAGCACGGUCAAAAGGUGGGUGGCGGUGAAUGGAAGGAUGGAAUUAAGCUGGCCCAGAAGCUCGGAUUCUCCUUCCCAAAGAUGGCACCACAUUCUCUAGAGACGGUGUUACCCGCACCUACAUGGCCUGCCAGCUUCGCCAAUUUUGUUACCUGGUGUCUGAUGUGGGAUCCCAAAGUGCGACCAACCUCGCGGCAAGCUUUGGAGCACGACUUUUUCGCAGACGCGCUGGAUCCACUCCUUCCUAAAAGCAGCAAUACCACCCGUAUGCUGGGCAGGAAGGCGUCAAACGUUGGUACAAUGAGCGAGCACCCGGAGGUUGUGCACGCCCUGACCACCAAAACUUCGUCCUGGUUCCGGAAGUCGCUUGGUCCUAAGGAUACCGUCACAACCUCCGUUACCGAACAAUUGCAAUCGGCUCAGCAUCAUAGCUCUGCACGACCAGGGCCGGUCCAUGCAAAUACCAUGGACACCUCUAUCAUCGUCAACAAGAUCCGGCCGGCAAAUAUGAAGCGAGCAACAUGGGCAAAUGGCAUGAAUGGCAACGCCGCGCCAAUUCCCAUCCUGCCAUCAAUUCGGCCGGUAUCACCGCUCCCUGAUGCAGCGACCGCACAAGCAAACGUCCGACGCUCCGAGUUGCCCGAUGACAGGCCAGGGAAGAAGCUCGGUCGUCAAUUGUCGGUCAACUCCCAGAACAAUCACUAUACUGAAACGCACCGACAAGAAGCUGAGCGCGCGCUUAAUGGUGCCGGUCUCAAGUCACCGGCGAGCAGUCACAGGGAAAGCUUCUUCUCACACCUUCGCAAGCGUGCGCGACGUCUGUCUGGGCGCCACCAAGCGACAAUGUCCCCUAGUAUAGAAGACAUUGAGGCGAACGCUGGCUGCUCUCCAUGGGCAACUGUCGGGAACAGACAGUCCAUACCGGACGUCCAGGCCAUCGCACCCAUGGCGUCGAACCCAUCCGCUGAUCCAGGCUUUGCUGAGCUCGACCGCGCGCUGCAGAAUGUCCGCUAUAGUCUCGAUGUAGCAGCCGCUGCCAAUGCACAGAACAGCUUGCCAAGAUACCCUGCCAGAGUGUCGAGCAACCCGGCACUUAAGCGCCAUCACUCGCUGCCAAGUGGGGAAAGUCAGCCUUCAGCUUCCCCAGUCGGCAAUGCGCCUAUCACGAAUCGCACCAGGCAUUCGGUCAGACACGCCCACCCUAGCCAGCACUAUGAAACGCCGGACGAGGAGGAUGAACUGCUGGACGAAGCGCUUGCUUCCGCUCACAAGGCAGCAACUCGGCUUGACCUACAGCCGAUACACCAGAGUAGCAACAUCAACAUGCCAGCUCGUCCUGCUAUGCCGCAUAUACUGUCUGACCCUGGUUUUGCGGUGCCGUAUCUCACACCGUCGCCGUCGAAAGACCACAAUGGGGUGAGCUUCGGUGCGCAUGAGUACAACCCUACAAAUCCGGUCGACAUCCCCGCUGCGCGCGCGCCGAAGCGGACGAAUGUGAACCCUCUGUGGCCUACGCCGCCUUACGAAGAAAGCGACUGGGCCGCGGCGGCGGCAGCCAGCAUCUAUGCGACGCAAGGAGCUCAGAGACAGAUGGUGCCUUAA